AUGACAUUUUUCAUCUCUAACUCCCACACUGGAUACGCCACAUUUAUAGGUGUACUAAAAUUUCAGCAUGCUCAAGAAUCCGCUGGAAAGCAACAUCCUGUAAAUAUUCCUGUAGAUCAACUGAUUUCUGUGAAUCAAGUAAUCCAUGUCAAUAAAAGUAUUCCUGACCAACUAAUCCCUGUGAAUCAACAUAUUCCUAUACAUCAGUAUAAUCUUGCGAACCAACCAAUUCUUGUGAAUCAAGCAUAUCUGAAUCAGCAAUCCAUCUACGGCAGUCGUUUGCAGUCCGAAGCAGCGCCUCUCAUUGCCGUAAGAUUUUCAGCGUUUUUAAACAAGGUGACAUAUCCUAAAAAUAACUUCCAGAAUAACAUCGAGCCAGCAUUAACCAAUCGUCGUCCAGUGCAAGGUUCCGUACCCCGAAUAUCCGCGCGACAGCUGCUCGCCUUCGUAGAAUUCCGGUAA